AUGCCACAAGGGUGUGCCUUUCGACAUUUACCCAUCCUGGAACGCGACUUGCAACCUGGAAGAGAUAGUAGCAGAGGCAAUUCUGUCAACAGCGAUACUCACCAAUUCUCGUUACGCAGCUUACUAGAAAGUGCUUCUGCUGCAGUCUCUCAGACCUCCUCGCAUAACACAGUGAUCAGUUCUUUCAACGAAGAACGAGUCUCACUGCCGUUCAAUUUUGCUUCGUCAUCGCACAUAUCCUCACCCUCCAAUUCAAGUUCCUCUAAUCCCACGGACGAAUUGCAGAGUCAAUCUAGCGGCUAUCACCCCAGAGACGAAGUAGAGAACGAUUAUUUGCGGCCUAGCGACUCUGAUUCAGAUUUACGCCUACCAAAACGUCCACGUAUCGCAAGACUUCCUGUUACUAGAAGGCCGACAAUGAGGAUCAACAAGAAGGAAAAUGGUGUUGGAAAUAGUACGAAUGGAGUCUCUCCAACUAGCAAUGGAAAUUUACCAAUUGCAACUAAUGGUAAAACUUCGGAGUUCACUAAAAUGGCAAAUAAUCGUCAACAAGAGCUUGUUAGACUCAUGGUUCAAGCGAUGCAGGAUAUGGGAUAUAGGCUAGUUAAUUUACAUCAGUUAAAAUUCUUUAUUGCUAUGAAUAUUCAUAUCGCCAAAUUUAGAGAGGGGGUAUUAAAUGGAGAUUGGGAUUUGGUAGAGAACCUUUUCUCCACAUUGGAAUUAGAUCAAAACAAAGACAUUAUUGUUGUGCAGUUUUUGAUCCGCCAACAAAAAUAUUUAGAAUUUCUAGAGAAAAGAGAAAUUAAGUUAGCUUUGUACACAUUAAGGAGUGAACUUACACCACUUGCGUUUAAUACCGAGAGGCUUCAUAUUUUGGCAAGUUUCAUGAUGUAUUCUAAUAUAGAAGAUUUAAAACGUAGAGCAGAAUGGGAUGGUGCUUUCGGAACGUCGCGUCAAAAGUUAUUGCUUCAAUUACAAAGAUACAUUUCACCAUCCAUAAUGGUGCCCGAGCAUCGUCUCGAAACAUUACUCAAACAAGCCACUGAUUCGCAACAUGAUACUAAGAUUUUGACUUGUGGACAAGACAAUGAGAUAAGACUUUGGAGUGUAGAGUCAGGUGAAUGUUUGAAAGUAAUGAAAAAACAUACUGAACCAGUGACCACCUGCGCGUGGCUGCCAGAUGGGAAAAGUUUUAUAUCGGGUAGUCAGGACAAGAAUAUUUACUUAUGGGUAAUAAUCUUAAUUCAGUAUAAUCUCGUUUUGCAGUAUGAUAUUGAUGCCCGCCUUUUCAAAUAG